CGCAAGGCAGCCCGAAGCGCCGCCGCUGCGGCCAAAAAGAGGCUGCCCCGCAGCGUGAACCGACGAUGGCAACGUAAACAAGCCGCAGCCAUGGCCGACGAGAUCAACUACGCCGUCGGCAACGCCGCCGUCCUGAAGAUCCAGAGCUUGUGGCGCCGCAGUCUAGUGAGGGAGCGCACCUACCUAGAACUCAAGGCGGUCUGGGAGAAGAUCUUCGACCCCGUCCAGCAGAUCUACUACUACUACAAUACGGUGACCGAUGAAGCCAGCUGGAAGCGGCCCGCGCCUUUGCUGUGGCGGGACCUCGGCGACGUGGCUCCGACGUUCACGGACGAGCAAGCGGCUAUUUACAUGCAGUGCGCCUGGCGACGACUCAAAUUCCUGAGGACCGUGCGAAGAUUGGUUGCAAGUGUCGUCUCCAAGGUCUACGAUGAACAUAGUCAAAAUUACUACUACUAUAAUGCCCAAACGGGCCAGACGUCCUGGACGAAGCCUCUACUACUGGGAUCGCAGGACAUCGAGCCGGGCACGCAACGGUUAGUGUCUAGCGACGGCCGGAUCUUGGCCGAGACGGCCGUCGUCGAGCUCGAGUCGGACGACGAUAGUGAACGGGAAUCGAUUGGUAGUGGUUCUACUAGAAGAAGAACAAGAUCGAUGUCAUCAGACGACCUGGGGUUGAUGCCCCGCGAGUACCCCCGGAGCGAGGCCCAGAAGAGAAUAGAUAAAGCUGAGGAUACGCCCGAGACCGAUACUCUGGACCUCUCUGGACUGAAAAUGGCUCGCAUCUCGUUUCGCGCUUUGGCUAUUGAGACCUUGACCCAUUUAGAUGUGUCGGACAACAGCAUCACGCGCCUCGUGCCGGACAUCGGCGGUCUAGCUUCCCUAGAAAAGCUUGAUGUGUCGGGCAACCAAUUGAGAUCAUUACCCAAAGAGCUGGAGGAACUGGAAGAACUCACGUGGUUCGCCUGUGCGCGCAAUAGAAUAGGCUGGUUCCCGGGCAAUGUCUACCGACUCGAACAACUCCAGUACUGGGACCUGUCACAAAAUCAGUUCAGGGAAUUACCGGUGCAGGUCGGCGACCUCGAACUCCUCCAGCAAACGCGGGUCUGGGCCGUGGGACCCGGCAUGCUUUCGGCACUGACCCAUUUAGAUGUGUCCAAAAAUCAACUGACCAAGUGGCCGAACCAAUUGGACCAACUAACAAUUAGCUUCGUUGAAUGUCAGCGACGCCGGCGUUUGAAACAAAUUUGAACGUGACGCCGUCGACGCCGCCGCACGAGCGCCCACGCGUCCCGCGCAGGUCUCGCAUAACCAACUAAAAGUCAUGGCCCCCUGCAAGAUCGCGCAGAGCGCCGACCAGGACAAGCAAGAAGGCAUCGGCGAGCCCGACUUGAACGGAUGCGACUGGGGUAAGCUCGAGAGUCUGGCGUCGUUGGACGUUUCUCAUAACCAGCUCGAGAAGCUACCGGAUGAUCUGGCGAAGAUGACGGCGUUAGAAAGUGUGGAUUGUCGAAACAAUUUAUUGAUAGAAUUGCCACAGACACUUGAUCUAAUGAACUGCACGUCCUUUUUACUAGACGACAAUAAGCUCGAAGCAUUGAGCGAUGGCUUCGCCGUCGGUCUAGCGAAGAAGCUGGAAAGCAUCUCCGUAAGAAACAACGCCAUCACUUCGACCAGUAUGCGAAUAGGGGACAUGCGCCAAGUUAAGUCAGUGUACUUAGAAAACAACGCGUUAGAAACUCUAGACAAGGGCGUGACGCAGUGCCGCCUGCUAGAACUACUCUCGCUGAGACACAACAAACUCAUCUCCACGCCGAAAGGCUUCGCGACCAUGUUUAGAUUGAAAACGUUAGAUCUUAGUUACAAUCUGUUCGAGACCAUCGACGAGAAGGCCAUCGAGUCGCUCGUGUCGCUCACAUCCUUGGAUCUGUCGCACAAUCGUUUGGUGAACUUCCCGCAGCGGUUGGGCAGGCUGAACAAGCUGCAAUCUUUAAAUUAUUCGCACAAUCAACUCACGCUCCUACCGCAGAACUGUUUUAAGGGCUGUGGGGAAUUGUUCACGGUACGCAUAGACCACAACCUCCUCACGACCAAGGGCGUGGAAGCCGGCCGGUUAGACAGCGUCCAGUCGUUGGAGGUGCUUGCUUUGGACUUCAACGAGAUGGACCAGCUGCCGGAAGAGUUGGCUGACUUGCCGCAACUACGCUCCUUGACCUUCUCGCACAACCCGUGUUGUGCGAGGCCCGAAGAUGCCCUCGAGCCGUUCUAUCUGUUGAGGGAUAGAGCCCAGUCGAUACACGUCGGGGCCGCGGAGUUCGACGAGCCUAUUGAAUUAGAUGAAGAGGACCCUUCUAGGGACGCGAGAAAGGCGAGGAGGUUGAUGGUCUUGCAAGGCUCGUCGCGAGGGACGGAGCGGCUCGAGCGCGGCGAGCCCCUCGAUGCGGUGGAACCUCUCAGUAGAGCGGCGGAGAAGCAUGCUAGACUACUUGUAGAUGAACCAGAUACAGCGAACUUCUCGCACCAUUUCCAUCUGGGCGCAGCCUAUGUGGCGCGAGCGCGAGCGAGAAAAUUAGUGGCUGACGCGGAAAGGAAACGCAGACAGGACGAGGAGGACAAGAUCGAAGCAGCUCGUAAACUAGCUGAAAGGAAAGCGAUGCAGAUGGGGAUCUUUCCUGAGGAUUCCGUCGAUGCGACAUUGGCGCAAUCAUCCCUACAGGACCCGUCGCUCAUGGAUAGCACCGUGGCGACGGAUACGUCAGGCUUGAGGCUAUCGCGACGAGCCCUCAACUCCAGAUCUCCGGGUCGAUUGGCACCGUCCCUCGGAAGCAAUUUGUCGCACAAGUCGCCCGGCAAGCUCGACGCGGCGAUCGACGCCGACUUGAUCAAGGCGCAGUUAGCUUUGGACGAGGCCGUAAAGAUCGAUGUCGAGCUACGGAGAGAAGACGGCGAUAUACAAGGUGAGGACAACAUGGCCUUCCAAGAACCUAGGAAUGUAGCCGUCGAGAUCCUGCACGCGCGCGGUUCCGCUUCCCUCAGGCGAGGCGACGCGCGCAAGGCUGUGGAAGACCUGAACCAAGCGUUGUUAGCGAGGAAGGACCACGCGCCUUCCCUAGCGUUGCGGGCCCGAGCACGAUUAUCAUUAGGACAGUUCCCCCAGGCUAGUCGAGACUGCCAAAAAGCCUGGCGCAUCGAGCUGAAACGAGCUGACCUGUGGCCUUUGAAGGAGUUCGACUUAGAUAACUUACAUAGAGAUGUCAACAAAGCACUACAACCAUUGGAUCUAGUCGAGUUGCGGAGGGAAUGCGACCGGGGCGUGCAAUCGAUACGACUCAUGAAGUGCGACCUUCCGGAGAACGAUAGAUGUUAUUUACAAACGGCGGAAGGGUUAUGUUAUCGACGUAGACAUGAGAUCAAGGCCCUGGAUGUCGAGGGUCGGUCGAAGCGACGACGGUGGCUGGCUCGGCGGAAAGCAGAACAUGAUGCUAUAGAAAAGGCGGAGAUCGACCGUCGAAAUGAUGAAGAUGCGGUUGUCGCUUAUAAUAAAGCACUAAUUGAUCGGUCGACGGCCGAACUUGCUUGGCGGAAAGCUAGGUAUGAUUUGGAAAUUAUUGAAGAGCGUAAAGACGCGGAGGAGGAAGCUGCCGCGAAGGCCGCUGAACUCGAACGCCAGGAGAAGGAGGGCGCUGCGGCGCGCGAGGCGUAUGAGUGCUGCAUGAUGACGGAGAACGAA